AUGCCACCUAAAUCCGUUGUGAGCGCACUGCAACCGCUGCAGCCAGAGAAGUUCACCACGGCACACCACAUUGGCAACCCACCGACUGGGUUCAAGAAUCCAUGGCCGUCAUACAACAGUUCCGGCUUCACCGGCGCCAUGCGAACUCGAUUUAGCACACCUAAAAACUUUGUCCCAGUUCCCGUCGAUCGCGUUGGCCUUGUUCAAGUUCGCAAGCCUGACUUUGGCGUACAACGCGAUGGGUUGAAGGCAACUUGGAUCGGUCAUGCCAGCUUUUUGGUAGAGACAAGCAGGCAAGAAGGGACCGGAAGAGGAGCACGCAUACUGAUCGAUCCUGUCUGGAGCAACCGGAUGGGACCAUAUGGUAUGGUCGGCCCUGUACGCUUCACGCCUCCGCCAUGUUCUAUCGACGACCUCCCGGAUGUCGACGCCGUCGUUAUUAGCCACGAUCACUACGAUCACCUCGAUUCCGACACGCUCAAGAAGAUCAACGCCAAACAAAACGGCGAACUGCGUUUCUUCUGCGGCUUGGGCGUAAAGGCAGUGCUGACUGGCCUUGGUGCCGGAAUCAAAGCAGAUCAAGUGACAGAGCUCGAUUGGUGGAAUGGUGUCACAUUACAGACAGAGAAGGCGGGCUCUGUAGACCUCGUCUGCACACCCGCGCAACACCGCUCAGGCCGCACACCCUGGAACUUCGAUGGCACGCUAUGGUGCUCGUGGAUCGUCAAAGAGACGCAAGAGAACGGCAAGCGACUCUUCUUCGCCGGCGACACGGGGUAUUGCCACGUCACAUCCGACGCCCAAUUCUCCCACCACGAUGCGCCGCACCCACCAUGCCCAGCCUUCAAAGAAGUCGGUGAGCUGUACGGACCCUUCGAUCUUGCGCUCUUGCCGAUUGGCUGCUUCAAACCGCGAUCGGUGUUAUCAGGUCAGCACUCAAGUCCAGAAGACUCGUUAUCGAUACACAAAGAUGUGAGGAGCAAGAAGAGCAUAGGCAUGCACUACGGCACCUUGCGCGGUGCAUACUCGGCAGCAUACGAGCCUGUUCUGGAGCCGCCUGAGCGGUGGAAGAGGGGUGCAGAAUCCGAAGGCUACACAUGGGGCAAGGAAGUAGGGCUGUGUGAUAUUGGGGAGACUGUGGUAGUAUAAUGAACGAAAACAAUCCCGGAAGCUGUGCUUGUGUUUGGAAACAUGAAACAGUUGUCGUAAUGUAGGACUGACAUCUCUACAUAAGGUGUUGCGAGCUGACGGCUCGGUUGACUAGACGCCGCCAAUCAUUCUCCAGACGCAAUCCAUAUCCAUAUCCAUA